AUGGAUGUUGAUUCAAUGAAUAAUUCAUUCAAUGUGAGUGAGGAAGUUAAAGAACAAGAUAGCAAUGUUGAAUUUAAUGAAAGUGGUGAAGUUGAAGAAUCGAAGAAAGGGAUGUGUUUUAUCUCCAAUCAGGCGCGGAAUAGAACAAAAAGAUCAGAAGUAAAUCCCCUCGAACCAUCUUUGUCAUCAAAAAUAGAUUGUAAAGCAAGGGUUCGAGCCACUCUACAAAAAGAUGGAAGAUAUAAGUUAACCAUACUUGUGCUUGAGCACACUCAUGAUUUCAUUCCGAGUGACUCACAGCAUUUUCCAAUGAAUGAGAGGAUUCUUACUCCGGUGAAGAGGAGACUAGAAGUUAAUGAUGCAACAGGGAUUGGGGUGGCUAGGAAUUUUCAUUCCAUAGUUGUUGAAGCGGGGGGAUAUGAGGCAUUAAUGUUUGAUGAACAAGAUGCAAGGAAUUAUAUUCAAAAUGCUAGAAGAUUGAGACUUGGGGUAGGCGACGCCGAAUCAGCUACAUUUUAUUUUCAUAAAAUGCAACAACAAAAUUCGAACUUCUAUUUGGCAACUGACCUUGAUGAAGAUGGUCGCAUGCGAAACUUGUUUUGGGCGGAUGCAAGGAGUAGGGCGACUUAUAAAGCAUUUGGGGAUGUUGAGUUAAUCACCACAGUCACUCAAUUUUGUUUGGUUGUGGGUUGUUAA